CCCGACGUAACCCUGUGAACAAAUCGAACGCACCCACCCGCGCCAUCUUACAUGUGGACAUCCGGGUAACUUUGCAUCUCCAUCCGUUAGUCACGUAUUAUGUCAUUUUUUUCCAAAGCGUUGCGGGGAUUUUCUCAUUCAUUACACAUUUUUGGAUGAGCUGUUUAUACGAAGUGUUAAAAUAAUGACUCACGGUGUUGUUUUAUGACAGAAAUGAGGAGCGGUAAACAGGGAAAGCGAAGCACAUUCGGAAAACGUGACCCAGUUGAGGUUACGUAAGAGGCGCUCUCAGCCAAUCAGCGCGCUGCUCUGUGUGCGCGUGUGUUUGUGGGUGUGAUGUUGAUAGAGAAGGAGACAGAAGCAUGAUGGCGGACGAGUUCAUCCUUCCACAGCACUUCACACUGUUAUUCGAGGGAUUUGUGAGGCUGGACGCGUUUUAACUUCACUGCAGCUGCUCGGAAAAGUAACUAAAUAUUUUCGUGUUGCGUAAUAGUUUAAUUUAUGGCUCUAUUUUGGGCGUAAACCUGGUGUUUAAGAUAGAACCGUUGUAUGAGUUUGACAGCUGCUAAUCGCGUGUUUUUCUGAACGUUUUUGGACGUUUCAAUACAAAUACAAGUCUAAAUAGUGUUUUUUUUGUAGUGACUUAGUUUUAUCUUUUGAUUACACAUGCACCUUUUACACCAAAGACACAAUUUCCUUGUAAGAUUAAUGGAGCAGGGUUAAGAGGAACCAGCAGCGCCGCGUCCUCUUCAAUCCCACUUUGGACUUUCAUGGACCCUUAACUUUUGGGCAUUUGCAGCUUCUUUAGAGCCUCUUCACCGGAUCUUUUCUUCUCUCACGAGUCUCCUACUACCUAAAAGUGUCAAGAUGGUGGUCAACACAAUCCACUGGUUCAGGAAAGGCCUGAGGCUGCACGACAACGCGGCCCUGAGGGACUCCAUCCGCGGCUCUGACAGUCUGCGCUGCAUCUACAUCCUGGACCCUUGGUUUGCAGGAUCCUCCAAUGUGGGCAUCAACAGGUGGAGGUUUCUUCUGCAGUGCUUGGAGGAUUUGGAUGCCAGUCUCCGUAAACUCAACUCCCGUCUGUUUGUCAUCAGAGGACAGCCAACAGAUGUCUUCCCUCGCCUCUUCAAGGAAUGGCAGAUCAAUCGUUUAUCAUACGAAUAUGACUCAGAACCAUUUGGCAAAGAACGUGACGCUGCCAUCCAGAAACUUGCCAGUGAGGCGGGCGUGGAGCUAAUGGUGCGGAUCUCUCACACGCUCUACAAUUUGGACAAGAUCAUAGAGCUGAACCAGGGUCAGCCUCCUCUCACUUACAAGCGCUUCCAGGGCCUCAUCAACCACAUGGAGGCUGUGGAGCUGCCUGCGGAGACCAUCACCGCGGACGUGAUCAGAACCUGCCUCACGCCCAUCAGCGACGACCACGACGACAAGUACGGAGUGCCAUCACUGGAGGAACUCGGCUUCGAGACCGAGGGCCUGACGACAGCAGUUUGGCCGGGGGGUGAGACCGAAGCGCUCAUGAGGCUAGAGCGACAUCUGGAGAGAAAGGCCUGGGUCGCAAACUUUGAGCGUCCACGAAUGAACGCCAACUCUUUACUAGCCAGUCCCACAGGUCUCAGCCCGUACCUGCGCUUUGGCUGUCUGUCCUGUCGUCUCUUUUACUUCAAACUCACCGAUCUUUAUAAAAAGGUCAAAAAGAACAGCACUCCGCCCCUCUCCUUAUACGGCCAGUUGUUAUGGAGGGAAUUCUUCUAUACAACCGCUACCAACAACCCCUGCUUUGACAAGAUGGACGGUAACCCUGUGUGCGUCCAAAUCCCGUGGGACAGAAAUCGAGAGGCGUUGGCAAAGUGGGCAGAGGGCAGGACGGGUUUUCCGUGGAUCGAUGCCAUCAUGACUCAGCUGAGGCAGGAGGGAUGGAUCCACCACUUGGCUCGACACGCCGUGGCCUGUUUCCUGACCAGGGGAGACCUCUGGAUCAGCUGGGAGGAGGGCAUGAAGGUUUUUGAAGAGUUGCUCCUGGACGCAGACUGGAGCGUUAACGCCGGCAGCUGGAUGUGGCUCUCGUGCAGUUCGUUUUUCCAGCAGUUCUUUCGCUGUUACUGUCCUGUCGGAUUUGGACGCCGCACAGACCCUAACGGAGACUUCAUAAGGCGUUAUUUGCCCAUUCUGCGAACUUAUCCCGCCAAGUACAUCUACGAUCCGUGGAAUGCUCCAGAAGACGUACAGAAGGCCGCCAAGUGUAUUAUUGGACUCCAUUAUCCAAAGCCAAUGGUGAACCACGCAGAGGCCAGUCGCAUCAACAUAGAACGAAUGAAGCAGAUUUACCAGCAGCUUUCCAGCUACAGAGGACUGGGUCUAUUGGCAACAGUUCCUGCAAAUCUCAGUAUUGGCACGAACGGAAACGGUCAAGGCCCAGGAGGUUCUGUGGAGGAGCCGUCGGUGCUGGAGGGAGCACCCCGGACAGAAAGAACACAAGCAACUCAGAAACGACGUCACGAAGAACCCCUGACCGAAGGAAGUGCAAAGUCCUGGAGGCAAAGCAAAUAGCAUUUUUUUAAGACAGAGACGUCACACGGACUCGAGCACAGCCCCCCACCACCUCAACGCAAUAACAGGAGGGCGUGUCCAAAUCACUGACCAACACUUAAGCUACGAGAGGGAGGAGCCGGCUGCUACACGCUGGUACUAGAACAGUUAGAAUAAUUCCUAAAACUGAAGCACAGGUAAGCCACGGUUUGUACAGGUGUUUUAAAAUGAAUUUAUUUAAAUCAACUGCCCCCCGUGUCACAAAAGACGAGCUAGAAAUACGCUCGUUUCUAGUAAAAGUUAAAAUUUUAAAUCUUGCACUGUCUUCCAGUAAAAGUGAUUCCAUUCUCAUAAAUAUUUUACCUUAUUUCAAACUGACACAUAUUUUUGUCAAAUCUUUGUGUUUUGUUUAGUUUUUUUUCUUUUUUUUUUGUAUAUUUUUGUCGCCAUUGACGCUAGUAUUUGUGACGAUAUAUCCAGAAGAGUGAGUGGCUAAAUUGAAAUAAUUGGUCUAUGUUUUCUUUUUCUUUUUUUUUAUGUGGUCACCGAUGUUGUCAAAGUUUUGAAUAUUUGCCAUAAUUGUAUUGACUCAAAAUAUUGUAUUAAUUUACCUGUUUUACCACGCACCAUUAUGACUCUUACGUUCCUCUAAGCUUGGCCAUAGUCUCGUCUACUUUUUCUCCAAUAAUAUCCCUGUUUUUAUGUUUACACUUGAGCUCCAGUGUGACCCAGGAGCCAUGAAAUCAACCAUGUCGCUUGUUGUUGUUGUUCAGGUUGUAUUUUAACGUGGGGCCGAUGAUCUUGACGGUAAAUUCGUUCUCUAGGGACUAAAGAGCCGUUUUAAAGCCUCCAGAAAGUCGCUGCGGGGUUGGCUCUUUGGUCACGUGAACAUGGAACAGUUUUACACAGAUUAAUUUACUUUACAUCGUAUUUUAGCGGCAAAACUUUUCCCCAAAUCCUCCAUUGAAUUGAACAGGAUUCCCACUUAACCGGAAGUGCCGCCACAAAGAACGGAGGAUUUCACGGUAAAAGUGGGCGGGGCGGAGUAAAGUUAAUAGGACAAAGGUCACAGAUAACAAGAAAAGCAAAGCCGAAAACAUGGGCUCAUUAAAAAGUGACCGUGUUAGAAAGUGUGUUAUACAUUUUGUAAAUAUGUUUCAGUUUAAAACUUUUGUAUAUUUAGCCCUGGGGCGACUGUACAUUUUUUCAACCGCUCUGUAAAUGCUCAUCAUUUUGUCUUGUGGUUUUAAAUCUAUUAUUUUUGUAUAAAAUAAACUAUUGAAUGUGCUUGAAUUGCAGUAAGUGACUAAUAAAAAUGGCAAACGUACUG